AUGACUUUGUUUUAUACUCAAACCCACUCCAUUCAUCCAUACGACCGCACUUGUACAGAAAAUUUAAACAACAUCCCUCCGCGGUCUUCUCCCGCUUCAUUUGAAAAGUCUUCAAGCACGGAGGCUAUUCCUCAUAUGUAUUCCGCUGUCUCUCCAUCCAACGAUCAAGUGUAUAAUCUGCCUUGCAUCGUCGCCCCUUUCCCCAAGAAGGUCUCGUACGCCUAUUCUGGAAACUUUUUAAAUAACUUCACUUCAGUUUUAUCACCUUUCGAGAACCCUUGGGGGCUGUCUGCUGUGCAGGAGGAUAUUGAAGAUGAUCCCGCAACGUUUGAUACUGCUGUUGGCCCGCAAGAGACAAUGUCCGAUGAGGCUCUUGCUUGCGCUGAACUCAUGGAGAUCAUGGGCAAUUCAAGUCGUGGUUCCAGUCGUCCAGUCUCUCAGUCAACUUCACCAGACCGUGCUCAUCGUACGCAUUCUACUUCCCCUGUGACGAGAAUUGAUCAGGAUGACGAAGAAUUUGCUGAUGAAAACGAACAAUCCUAUGUGGGGGCCAUUAAUAUUGAACAAAUGAGGCAACAUCCAGCACCACGUCCAGUGAAACUUGCAGUUGAAAAUUCUCAUUUGCUUUUUGGCUCCUCUCCAAUCACUCGUGCUCACAAUCCGUUGCCAAUGGAUUCACAUUUCUCUCCAAGCAAACGCCAUCAUCACCAGUCCCAACCGUAUCCAUCGCGACCCGCACUUCAUCAAGCCACUAACAUUCAACGCAGAUUGGUUGACGCUGUUCCUGAAAUUCAAGUUAGUGGAAGUUCAUACGAUGAUUUAACCCAAUCCCCUCCUUUGUCAAAGGCUUCUAAGGCAGCUAUUUUGUUACGCAUCUCUGAAGGCGGUAGGCGCCGGGCACUUUCAGUUGGAAGUGGUAGUAAGAUUGUAGGUUGUGUCUAA